CAGCUCCUGUUGCUGGAGAACAUCAGACCAAGAGGACCAGUCAACGAAGUGUGGCCCAGCAUCUACAUAGGCAAUGCGGAAGGUGUUAGUCCACUGCGCGAUGGGGGUCAGUCGCUCGGCAACCCUGGUGCUGGCCUUCCUCAUGAUCUGCGAGAACCUCACACUGGUGGAGGCCAUCAACGCGGUGCGGCAGCACAGGGACAUCUGCCCCAACGCGGGCUUCCUCAGCCAGCUCAGGCGUCUGGAACGAACCUUAGCUUGGGACAGGAAGAACAAGAUGGGGGCCUACAGACUGUAAAGGGGAUCUACAAGUAGCACCACUGAAACCGCGUACGCCAAGGCAGUCAAACCAGGCGGUCUGAUGGUCCUGACAGCCUUGUUUUAUAUAUAUUUAGCUGCAGUAUAUACCUCAAUGCUUUUCCCCAAAUUAGAGAAAGCAGUAGGGAGGCAGCAGAUGUAUAGGGAAUUCUGAACCCGUUGAUGUAUUGGUGGUGGGUGAGGUGAGUUCCCACUCACCACUGUAAAGCACUUUGAGCGUUCGGAAAAGUGUUAUAUAUAUGCAAUGAUUCAUUCAUUCAUUCAUUCAUAUUAUUGCUUGCUGGAAUGUAGUAAUAAAGCCCUGUGUAAAUGAUGAAUAAUUGAAUAUUUUAGAGCAGAGGUUGCAGCACAGACAGGUGUGUGUAUUGAUGCUUCGCAGUAGGUUGGUCAUACAGAGCCUCAUCUCACUUGAAUCUCGGCCAUGCCGCCCAAAGUGGUUCAUAACCCAUCAUAAAUGAUGUCACUAACCAUAAAUAGGCUUGUGGUAUGUUAUUUGGUGUAUGCGUACGUAGUGCAUAUGAAGGUGCUAUGCACUGCCUGUGAAGGACGUACCUAACUCGUAUGUAGGACCAUUUAUUGUGUGUGCUUAUGUGCUACAAACCUGUAAAUGGUGUUAACAUCUGCAUGUUGUCAGCUGAGGAUUUUCAGUGACUGUCUGUGCCCUUUUGAACAAUGUACCUCUUGAAUCUGUUAAUGUGUUUAAGAGCUAUAAUUGUGUGUGAAAGUGUUGGUUCACAAUAUCUUGUGUGUCUACACAGGCAAACAUCUGUAUGUGAGUGCAUGGAUUUAGAAUUUUCCUACAGCAUGUAAUUUGUGACUGGUCCUUGGUCGCUGUCAGAACACGUUUCAUUCUCCAUAACAAAUGAAGACCCUUACAGUCUGUAAAUUUGGAUGUUGUGUGAGUUAUGUUGCGAUGAAUGUUGUAAUGUUUGCAUGUUUUAAAAACAAAUAAAAAGAUAUACUG